UCUGGGGAAUCUUCGUUUCCGUUUUUGUUUACUUGCACCUGUGACUUGCACUUUUUUAACGGGUGAUAGCAAGGUGAUAGCGAUAGGAUAGCUUAUUUUGUUAGUUAUUUUUAUUUUUUCUUGCCGAUAAAAGGGCCUUAUGAAAUUAUGGACAAAUUGGACAAGUUCAUCCUUUAUAAUAAACCAGGAACGAGUACCAGUACCAGUACUGCUACUACUGUCAGUAGCAAUACCAUAAUGAGUGAUGACGAAGAAAGUAGUAACGAGAGACGAGUUUCUAUAGAUAACCUGGAAUCAAGCCAAUCUGUGGAUGAAAAAGAUUAUGAAAAUUGUGGAAGAUCCAAGAGGAAGCGACCAAAGCCAAAGAUGUCCCAAGUGUGGAACUUUUUUAAAAAAUCCAAUGACAAGAAACUAGCAAAGUGCUUAAAUUGUGGGCGGGAAUAUAAGACUAGUGGAAACACGAGUAAUUUGAAUGACCAUCUUAAACGAUAUCACCCUAACCUUAUUGCUGAACCUUUCGUUAGAAGUACUAAUAAUAGCAGUGAGGGUACCAUGGCAACAAGUGCCUCAAGCUCAGCGAGAUCAAGUAAUCGUUCGAUAAGCCCAUUUUUCAGGCGUGAAGCUCACUAUGAUUCAAAUUCCCUCAGAAAGAAGGAACUUGAUAGGUCUUUGGCUUUAAUGGUGGCACAGGAUUUGCAACCGUAUAAUAUUGUAAAUGAUACCGGGUUUAGAUCAUUUGUCACCCUCCUAAAUCCCAGGUAUGUGAUACCCAGCAAGUAUACAAUACGAGAAAAAAUUAUGAAAGAAAUGUACACAGAGGCAUGCAAAGCUUUAAAAAAUAUUUUACAGAGUACACAGUUUGUUGCAAUAACUACAGAUUCAUGGACUUCUCUUACUAGUGAAUCUUAUUUGACUGUAACUUGUCACUUUAUUACAGAAAACUUCACAUUAAAAUCAGCUGUUUUGUCAACAAAACCCAUAGAAAACGGAAUAAACCAUACGUCCGAAAAUCUGGCUUCAGCUCUAAAUUAUGUUUUUAUGGAGUGGAAUAUAAAAAAAAAAAUAACGUGUAUAGUAACUGAUAAUGCCUCUAAUAUGACCAAGACAUGUGAUAUUUUGAAAGUAAAGCAUCUUCCAUGUUAUGCACAUACUAUUAAUUUAGUGGUUCAGGACAGUUUAGCUUUGGCACCGGUGAAAAUAAUUUUGAACAGGUGUAAGGAGAUUGUGCGCUUCAUCAAAAGUAGCAACAUUGCCACAGAAAUAUUUAAAAGUGAACAAAAUACUGAUACCCCAUUAAAAGUCAUCCAAGAGGUACCUACCAGGUGGAAUAGUGCUUAUCAAAUGUUCAAGAGAGUAUUAAAAACAAAUGAAGCACUAAAUAGAACAUUGUUAAAGGUGAAAAAAGCACCACCCCCUUUGAGUAUUGAGGAAAUUACUAUACUUAAAGAAAUUGAAAAUUUACUUAGACCCUUUGAUGAAGCAACUAAUAAAGUGUCAGGCUCUAGCUAUGUUACCAUAUCAUUAAUUAUUCCUCUUACAUUUGGAAUAUAUAACAGCCUAACAACAUUAACGAACCAAAUUGCAACAGACGAAGGGAAAGAGAUGUAUCAAAAGUUAAUGGAUUCAGUUGAAAAAAGACUGGUUCCUUAUGAAAAACGAACUUUGACUCAAAUGGGAACUUUGCUAGAUCCCACAUUUAAGCAGGAGGGGUUUCGGAGUAAUGAUAAUGCUAAAGCGGCUGGUCAAUAUUUGGAACAGGAAAUGAUUUAUUUUUUGAAUAAAGAAGAAAGCGAAGAAAAAGAGAAAGGCGAAGAGCCUGCUGGAAACGUUAGUACUUCAAGUUUCAGUGGUGAAGGAUGUGAUAAGAGCAGAUUAUCAACUUUAUUUUCGUUUAUGAAUGAAAGGGCUACUCAGAAACUCAGAUCAAAGAAAGUAGAUGCUAUAAUCAUUAAAAGGCAGUAUCUAGAAAGACAAAAUACCAACCAAGAUAGUGAUCCGCUACUCUUUUGGAAGGUAAAUGGAGUUGAAUUUCAUCCCCUCCACCAUUGCGCCCUGAAAUAUCUCUGUGUUCCUGCCACUUCAGUAGAAUCUGAACGUGUAUUUAGUACAACAGGGCAGAUUGCUACUGAGAGAAGAUCGAGGCUCAAACCAAAAAAUGUAGAUAUUUUAACUUUUAUAAAAAAAAAUGUUUGGCUUACUGAUAAAUGUUGUAAAUAGAUAUUCGAUAAAAAUAAAAAUUACAUUAUCUCCUU